CCAUGCAAUACAACACAUACAUCUACAUAUUAACCAUGAAGCUUCUUGGGUUCUCCUUAGCUAUUCUAUUAGCUGUGGUGACUUGUAAAGCUGAAGAGUUUACUUGUGAAGAGAACGAGCCAUUCACCUGUAACCAAACUAAACUUUUCAACAGUGGCAAUUUCGAAAAAGACUUCAUCUUCGGUGUUGCGUCUUCUGCUUACCAGGUGGAAGGCGGCAGAGGUCGUGGACUUAACGUUUGGGAUGCCUUCACUCACCGAUUCCCAGAGAAAGGUGGACCCGAUUUGGCAAAUGGAGACACUACUUGUGACUCAUAUACGUAUUGGCCUAAAGAUAUAGACGUGAUUGACGAACUCAACGCUACUGCCUACAGAUUUUCCUUUGCAUGGUCAAGAAUCCUUCCAAAAGGAAAGAGGAGUAGGGGAGUGAACGAAGGUGGUAUUGACUACUACAACCGUCUCAUAGAUAACAUGAUCGCAAGGAAUAUAACGCCUUUCGUUACCCUCUUUCACUGGGACCUUCCUCAAACAUUGCAAGAUGAAUAUAACGGUUUCUUGAACAGAUCGAUCAUAGACGAUUUCAAGGAUUACGCGGAUCUAUGUUUCGAGUUAUUUGGUGAUAGGGUAAAGAACUGGAUCACGAUCAACCAGCUAUACACAGUACCUACGAGAGGAUAUGCACUAGGAACAGAUGCACCUGGUCGAUGUUCUCCUAAGAUUGACAUAAGAUGUCCUGGCGGAAAUUCGUCAACAGAACCCUAUAUUGUUGCACAUAACCAACUUCUUGCUCAUGCAGCAGCCGUUGAUGUUUACAGGACGAAAUAUAAGGACCAAGGAGGGAUGAUUGGACCUGUGAUGAUAACUAGAUGGUUUCUCCCAUUUAAUGACACUCCAGAGAGCAAAGCGGCAACUGAGAGGGCUAAAGAAUUUUUUCAUGGAUGGUUCAUGGGGCCACUAACAGAAGGUAAAUACCCAGAUAUCAUGAGGGAAUAUGUGGGAGAUCGGCUUCCAGAGUUCAGUGAAACAGAAGCCGCCCUUGUAAAGGGUUCAUAUGAUUUUCUUGGUCUCAACUAUUACGUCACUCAAUAUGCCCAAAAUAAUGACACGAUUAUUCCUCCGGACGUACACACUGCCUUGAUGGAUUCACGCACAACUCUCACAUCUAGAAAUGCAACUGGUCAUGCUCCUGGUCCACCGUUCGCUAAAGGCAGUUAUUACUACCCAAAAGGCAUUUACUACGUAAUGGAGUACUUCAAAGACAAAUACGGUGACCCUUUAAUAUAUAUCACCGAGAACGGAUUUAGUACCCCCGGUGAUGAAACCUUUGACGAGGCUAUUGCCGAUUACAAGCGGAUUGAUUAUCUCUGCAGUCAUCUCUGCUUUCUCAGUAAAGUCAUUAAGGAGAAGGCUGUCAACGUGAAAGGAUACUUUGCUUGGGCUCUUGGGGAUAAUUACGAAUUCUGUAACGGAUUUACCGUCAGAUUCGGACUAAGUUACGUCGAUUUCACCAAUGUAACCGGUGAUAGAGACCUCAAAGCAUCUGGCAAAUGGUACCAGCGGUUCAUAAACGUUACCACUGAUGACUCUACGAACCAAGAUCUCCUCCGUUCAAGCGUCUCCUUCAAGAAUCGUGAUCGGAAGAGUCUUGCAGAUGCAUGAAAGACCCGAACCACUAUAUGCCCACCAAGAUCAUCUUAUGUCUCCUUUUUCUACUUGCUCCAUAGAUAAGGAGCUUUAUCUACCUAAUGUAUUGAAAUAAAAAUCCUAAUAAAAGAUGAUCUAUAUU